ACUGGGUAGUCGAAGCUGGUGUCGCUGUCAGUGCGCGGAGUCACACGGUUUGUCUGCCUGGCAUUGUUGGGUACCGCCGCUCAUGAUUUGGAGCUUUUACACAAAUUGAUGAAUACCCCCUGCAUGCUUAUCGCAUGGAUUGAAAGCCACGAUCCUGAUGUGAAAGAGGGGAAGAUCCAGAACAGAGCCGCUUUCUUGAAUCCUGACACCCAUACAACUCCUGACAAUACCCAUUUCAAGUGUCACCGAAAAACUGUCAGAAGACUUGAGCCAUGCCCUGCGUUCAGGCUCAGUAUGGAUCAUCACCUCAAGGAGCUAGUCCUGCUUCCCAGAGCUACAGCUACCACACCGCAGGAGAAUACAGCUGCGACUUCUUAACACCUGAGUUUGUUAAGUUUAGCAUGGACUUGACCAACACUGAGAUCACAGCUACUACUUCUCUCCCAAGUUUCAGUACAUUCAUGGACAACUAUAACACCAGUUACGACGUUAAACCACCCUGUCUGUAUCAGAUGCCCCACUCUGGAGAGCAGUCCUCUAUCAAGGUGGAGGACGUCCCGAUGCACAACUACCAUCAGCAGAGCCACCUGCCACCUCAGUCGGAAGAAAUGAUGGCUCACUCUGGGCCUAUGUACUUCAAACCCUCCUCGCCUCACGCCCCGAGUACGCCAAACUUCCAGGUUCAGCCUAAUCACAUGUGGGAGGACCCUGGCUCCCUCCACAGUUUCCACCAGAACUAUGUUGCGGCCACGUCUCAUAUGAUAGACCAGCGCAAGAAUCCGGUGUCAAGGCUUUCGCUCUUCUCCUUCAAGCAGUCCCCGCCCGGUACUCCAGUUUCCAGCUGUCAGAUGCGGUUCGACGGGCCGCUGCACGUCUCCAUGAACCACGACAACCCGGGCGUGCACCGCGGCCUGGACGGCCAGAGCUUCGCGGUGCCCAGCGCCAUACGGAAACAAGCUGGUCUGGCCUUUCCUCACUCCCUGCAGCUCAGCCACGGGCACCAGCUGGUGGACAGCCAAGUGCCAUCGCCCCCGUCCCGAGGAUCUCCGUCAAACGAGGGUCUGUGUGCGGUAUGUGGGGACAACGCAGCCUGCCAGCAUUAUGGAGUGAGAACCUGCGAGGGCUGCAAAGGAUUUUUCAAGCGCACCGUUCAGAAAAAUGCAAAAUACGUGUGUUUAGCAAAUAAAAACUGUCCUGUUGACAAACGCCGGAGAAAUCGCUGCCAGUUCUGCCGUUUCCAGAAGUGCAUUGUCGUCGGAAUGGUGAGAGAAGUUGUCCGAACAGAUAAUCUGAAAGGUCGGAGAGGACGCCUACCAUCCAAACCCAAAAGUCCCCAGGAGCCCUCCCCACCCUCGCCGCCGGUGAGCCUCAUAAGCGCACUUGUUAGGGCCCAUGUGGACUCCAACCCCUCCAUGUCUGCUUUGGACUACUCCAGAUUCCAGGCUAACCCUGACUACCAAAUGACUGGAGACAACACUCAGCACAUCCAGCAGUUCUAUGAUCUCCUGACGGGCUCCAUGGAGAUCAUCCGGGGCUGGGCGGAGAAGAUCCCCGGCUUUUCUGAUCUACCGAAGCAAGACCAAGAUCUCCUCUUUGAAUCCGCCUUCCUUGAACUUUUUGUCCUGCGGCUGGCGUACAGGUCCAACCCGGUGGAAGGCAAACUUAUUUUUUGUAAUGGAGUGGUGUUACACAGGCUACAGUGCGUCCGUGGAUUUGGAGAGUGGGUGGACGCUAUCGUGGACUUUUCUUCCAACUUGCAGAGCAUGAACAUAGACAUCUCAGCGUUCUCCUGCAUCGCAGCUCUGGCCAUGGUAACAGAGCGACACGGGCUUAAGGAACCCAAGAGAGUCGAGGAUCUCCAAAACAAGAUAGUCAACUGCCUCAAAGAUCAAGUGACAUUCAAUGGCGGUGGAUUGAAUCGUCCCAACUACUUGUCAAAACUCUUGGGAAAGCUCCCUGAACUGCGCACACUAUGUACCCAAGGUCUGCAGCGUAUCUUUUACCUAAAACUAGAAGACCUAGUCCCUCCGCCAGCAAUAAUUGACAAACUUUUCCUCGACACCCUACCUUUCUGAGUCUGACUCCAUGGCGAGACCUCAAAGACCUUCCAAAAGACUGUUUAUGAGUCAGACUUGACAGAUUUUUAACGUUAUUAUUUCUGAAUAUCUGCAAGCUCCGUAGGCUAAUAGAACACCAGUACCCUAUUAUGAGUAAGGAUUCAUGUGAGAUAGGGAGAAAAAAGAAUAGCAGGAGAAAGAAGGAGAGUUUGAUUGCUGUGUAGGCCUUUUAUUUUUUGUUUUUUUAAAUGCCAAACGAGUGAAUCAUCACGGGGAAUUUCUCUCCGGUGGACAAAUUGUCAACAAAGUUAAUCCGGUCUUGCAAUCACUUACUGUUUAUUUAACAUCGGCUCUACUGAUUCAGCAUACUCAGAUGUAAUAUAUUCCAUUUAUAUAUAUGAACACACACGCACACACACACACACACUGUAUAUUAUGAUAGAUUAUGUGAUGCCUCCAAUGCAUCGGUUUAUAACAUGUGUACAAAGUUUGUUAUAAUGAAAAGAUUUAAUUUUCUUUUCUUUUCUGACUCGUGCCUAUGUGUUUCUGACAGGAUCCCAAAAAGUAUCCAGAAAAGACAACGCAUGUUCUAGUUUUCUUUUAUCCCCCUCCUCCUCCUCCUUUUUCUUUUUCUUCUAUAGGCACUUGCUGAGGUGAUGUCUAUAUAUAAUAUAUACCGGACACUAUGUAGUCUGCUAGAUUUGAUACAGAUUCGUAGUUAUGGCACUCCUUUUAUGUAUGACGCAUAUGUGGAAAAAUAUCUCAUCUGUAUAGAAAAUGAGGGACCCAUGGUGUUUGUAAAACUGUCAGACAUUCCUUGUUUGUAUGUGCUGUAAGUAUUGUUGCUGUUGAAUAUAAACGUUUCUAUAUAUUUAUUAUUUCUAUUGCCAAGAGCUACACUAAGCAUGGUGCAAUUUAAACGAUUUCAAACCAUCCAAGUUUCAUGCUGAGCACGUUGUCUAUGUUUUAUGUCUUAUAAACGUCUAGGUAGUUAUGAUUUAACACGUUUUUUGGAAAUGGAAAAAAAACCUUCCCAUCUUAUAUCAAGAGGUUCAUGAGUGUGUGAUAUAGGCCCACAUCUUUGACAUCAUGAUGUACUUAACAACUUCUGUAACGCAUUUGGUGCCGGAUUAAAAAAAAAAAAUCAACUUUAGAGAGAAAGAAAUAUUUAAUGUUUACAAAUAAAACUUUUAAAUCAAUUCUUUUGCUAAAUAAUUUCUCUGGAAAUAAUCUACCAUUUAAAUUCUCUGAUCGGAAGGAGCUACUUUAUAUCACUAAUAUCAUUUUGAAGUUUAAACUUAUUCUAAUUUCCUCAAGUAUUGAGAUCAGCGCUCACAGGCCUAUUUGCGCAAAAUCAAACAUUCAAGUUAAUUAUUUCUUUGAAUAUCUCACCUUAAGUAAAUGUGAAAUUAUGUAGACUUAUUUAUUUCCUUUAACGCAUUUAAAGACUAUGUCGCAAACAAUGUGCAGGCCUACUCCUGUCUGAGUUCUCUAUUUUGUUUCGACAAAAAUAUGUUGCACAUAUUUAUUUUUAAACAUUCUAAUCGUUUUAUUUCAGCCGAAACUGAGCGAAAAAUUCAGUCAUGAAAAUCACAUUUUAACAUACUUCUAAUUUGGGGAUGAACUGAGAGUUUUCUCCUGCAUGCGUGUCUAUAUUUCCUAUAUUUGGAUUGUAAAAAAGACGCUUUUAUUAAAACAUCAGAGGCUGUUAAAAACCUCUUGUCAUUCUCUAAUGUCUAUUUGUGUUUGACAAAGGAGAAAGCUGCAGCGGAUUAAAUAUAGGAGUCUUCGUUUUCCGCUUGAAUCCCAAAUAAAGUCACAUUUCCAGCGAACAAUUUCACAAAGAACAUCGGGGUUUAUAAUUCAGCCUGUUCCUCUGGAUGCUCUUUGCUGGUGCGAAAAGUUGAUGCAAAUAAAAGUUUAAGGUUGUCUUUCUGGACAGACUUUCCUUGUUGCCUAUAAGGAUUUAAAAUGAUGUCCAUCUUUAUAUUAUUUUAAUUUGUGUACGGGAUCAUGUAUGCGUAACUUCACCUGCCUUCACUUUUGGACAUUUGUUGAACUGUUUUACCUUGCCGAUGACUCAUACCGGAACUCACACUUACAGUUUCCCCCAAUAAAAGGCCGACUACCUUUAACCUG